AGCAGCGCUGGCUCAGAACGGUAGGCACCUGUACUGUUUCAGGACAUUUGCGCAUCCCAUGAUGAACCCUUCUGACUUAGAGGAGCUUCUUGAGGAGAGAGAAGCUUCGAGGAAAUGGAGUUUCCCCGCUCGUGUCUUUGUGAUUCUGGGAGUUGUUGCUCUUGCUGCCUUAUUUGUCCUCGGAGUCUCCUUCCGUGGCCGCGGCCUAUCUGUUGAGACGGAGUCUGACGCAUUCGUGAGCUUGAGGAAGAAGCAUCACAAUCACGAAACAUGCUGGGAAAAGGGCAUGUACUAUGGACACCCUCACAAGCUCCCUGGCACUGAGAGGACUGUGGAAUGGAAUGCUUUUCAGUGCCAGCAACGGUGCCAAGUGGUGGAUGGCUGUGCACACUUCUCCUUUUGGCCCCAUGAUGGUGGAUGUCUUUUGACUGGUGAGGAGUCCACUCUCAAAGCCGCUCCCGACGGAAAGCCCCCCAAGACCGGGCCCAAGUUCUGCCCCUCGGCCGUGGACGCUGCCCAGGAGGCCAUUGCCCAGGUGCCUGACAAUGACCCGAGCACUGGGCUUCCGGCGACGGAUGUGGUCAGCUCUGGAAUUCCACAAGCCGAGAGCGCUUGGGCAUCCAGCGACUCCAAAGACACCAGCGACGUGACGGCCGUGGUUCCUCCCGCUGGGGUGAAUGGCACUUCUUGCAGCAAGUACCCGGCGUGCGUCGACGUGGGCAUCACUGAGGGCGACUGCUGCCCCAAUGCUGCUGCAGUGACGUUGGGCUGCUGCAAUGGCUUCCCCAAAGCAGUGGAAGAAGUGAAGAUCGCGAAGGGCUCUGAAUGCUCCAAGUUUCCAGCCUGUGUCGCCCUGAACAUCUCCGGUGGCUGCUGCCCAACAAGCACUGGCCUCAUGCUGGGUUGCUGUGCGCAAAUCUGAGCAACUCGCUGAACAUGGACAACUGGGCCCGGCUCAAAAAACGCAACUUUGAAG